AUGGAGGCUUAUAAGCUGAAGACGGCGUCCACAUACAUCAACAAUCUGCUGCUCGCACGAGGUCUGCUGCGAGAUGGCAAGCCAAUCGAGUUUGCGCAUCCGUCGCGAGGCGAAGGCGGAAAGGAAGCCACAAUGGCCCAGAUAAUCAAUCUGGUGCACGAUCUCAUAUUGAAGCGAGACCACGACCAGGAACAGCGUGAGUCCUUCGCCAUGACCGUCCGCACCCUCCGCAGCGAAUCGACUCGCCAAACGCUGGCCAACGAGAAACUACAAACGCGCAAUGAAGACCUCGCGCGGCAGCUUUCGCUCGCCCAGUCGCAAGAGCGCUCCGCCCGCGCCGCCCUCCGCACCGCCGAAUCGUCCGCCCGUAGCUUGCGCGAGGAGAUGGUACGGCUCAAGACGACGGUUCAGCAAGUGCGAACAAGCUGUGCAAACGACAUACGGAAGCGCGAUGUGCAGAUACAGAGGCUGAAGAGCCACUUGACGAGUCAACAGCGCGGCAACAAGACGGGGCUGGUGGGCGCAAGCAUCACAAUCAACCCAGGCGUCACGGGCAUGGGCGGCAUGACGAGCAGCACGAGGGACGAGGCGCCGGAUGUCGACGACCCCGAAUACAGCCUGAAGCAGGAGACGACCGAGUUCUUGACGCAACUGAGCCAGAGCUUGAGUGACGAGAACGAUAACUUGAUUGGCCUCGUGAGGAGCACCAUCCUGACAUUGAAGGAGCUGCAAGGUAUGCCAGAGGGUCAGAGACAGGAAGAAGUCGAGUGUCUUUCUGCUAUCGAGGAGGAAGACGAGAGCACCCGGCAAGGCAUGCUACACACACUGCCCUCCAGCUACGAGACAUUGGCAAGCAACAUGGACGCCGUCUUGGAAAACCUGAAGAAUCUCCUUACCAACCCGAACUUUGUGUCAGUCGACGAAGUGGAGUCGCGAGAGGAAGAGAUACUCAGGCUAAGGGCAGGCUGGGAGAAGAUGGAAUUGCGACUACGGGAAGCAUUCGCUCUCAUGGAGACAUGGAGGAAACGAAUGGCCAGUGGCGGCGACACGAUAAACCUUGAGGAGCUCAAGAUGGGACUGGGCCUCGGGCUCGGGCUCGACAGCGUCAACAAGGAGGGGGCAUCCAUAAUUGCGGAGGAAGAAGACGACGGCGGCGGCGCUAGCUCGGUCUUCGACGACAACAUCAACGAGGCAGAUGACCUAGGGGACCCGCCCUCGCCAGAGGCGGACGACAUUCCCGAGAAGACGGGCGGCUCAGACUUGUUCAAGCUGAAGCUGCAGCCCGAUCCACCGGCGCUUAGAGAGAGCAACGGGAACGUCAAGUCACCCACCAAGUCUCCACGGAAGGUUGCCUUCUCGGCAUCCAUUCCCAACACACCAUCGCAGAUGGAGGAUGAGAAUGCAGAGGCAUCCGGGAUAGAUCUGGUAGGCGUGGAGAAGCCCACGCGUUCAGCAUCCCAAUCAGAAGAGCGGAUGUCCAGGCCAACAUGCCAGGACAAUCGCACUCCGCGCCAUGUACGUUGUGACAGUAUUGCGGACCAGAUUGUCAGGCUGGCCAGCAAAGUCACUUUUUCUUCGUCUCCUUCAACUCUCGACUCUCCAACAGCUUCCGAUUCUGACGACCACUGGCAGGCAAAGAAACGACACUCAAGCCCACAUGCUCAUCCCGAGGAGCCAUCGUCGAAGUUGACGGUGCUGGAUAAGCUCAAGGUGGCUCAGGCGGAAGCGGAAGCAGCCGCUGUUACGGAAGGAUUGAAAGUCAACUCCCCCAAAGCAAGGGCAGCCGAUGAAGAGGGUUUGCGGCACGAGAGGAGGCAGCGACGGGCCAGCCGUAGCUCGCCAAUGAAGACGCGGAUCGGCGGACGACCAAGGAGGAGACAGAGCACGUUGACGCCUGGGGAGCUGGACACCCUCUUGGGCUUCUAG